GAUAAAAUUUUUUUUUACUUUUACUUAUUAGUAUAAUAUAAUACAUCGGAGAUGUUACGAAUUCAAUUCGAAGUCUUGAAUUCAAACAUCAAAAAAUACGUGUUUGUGAAUUUAGCCAUAUGUAUUGUGUUGACGUAUUUCAAGUUGACGAAUUCAGUAAACUACAUAGCAAUCGUUAUUGUCUUCGGAGCUCUGUUGAAGGGAAAUAUCAAUCGUGCAAUGCCUUAUGUACUGAUCCUAACGGCAAUUGGAUGCGUGUUUGACAUUUGUUCUGUUCUUUUCCGCACUACUGAUGACGAUGGUUCGAGUUGGGCUCAUGUCAAAUUCUUCCAUUUUAUUAUGCGAAUUUUCAUCAUCCUGUACGUGCUCCUCUACAUAUUGAUGCUAUAUUGUUAUUGGCUGCAUUCUUUUGCUGUGGUUAAAAAAAAACAAAUACGACUUCAAUUGGGCUUAUAUGACGAGAGUAAAAUGUAGAAUCGCGCUGAUCAGAAGAAAAUUAUAUCUACUAUAGAUUAAAUUGAAUUUUAUUUGUUUAUUCGUGUAGCCUGUAAUAAUGAUUAACAGUUACAUACCUUCAACAAUAAUAUAUAAUAAAUAAUUAUUAGUAAUAAUAAAAAUCAAUAAAGGUGGACAAGUGAGUACCGCUGUGUUGUACAAUAGCCAAUAAGACAUAGGUGUAGUGUGUUCACUGUCCAUUGGAAUGUGAAAUGAAAUCACAACAUAAUAACUUAAAUCUUUAUUCUUCGUUAAAAUAUCUAAUUUAGUUCAAAUAAUUGCACUAAAUAAUGGUAUUAUAGCUCAAAUGUGCUCGAAUUUUUCCGCUCUCUAAAAUUACUGGUACAAAAACGGUGAUUAUAUAUUUUUUAGUUUUUAUAAUUCCAGUAUGAACUACUUAUGAGAAACCUUGUACUGAAAUUGUCAAUCCUUAAACCGGGUCAAAGCUACGUCGUGUGUCGUGUGGAUCAAAUCGCAUUCUGAUUGAACGUUACGUAAUACGAUUUAAGCAUCAUGUAAUAACCAAGUUGCAACCCAGCACACCAAGAAUUGAUUACAGCUCAAUUUUUAAAUCAAUAUGGUUACCAGUUGUAUUGUUGUAACCAUAGCUACCAUACCAAUGCACGAGACAAAUACACAAUACUAAACAGUGCCGUAGUCAGAAAAU